GGCAAAAGGGGUGGGCCAUGACACAAAAGUGGGCGGUACCGCGGAGAUUUCAGGACGGAUUUCAGUUAAGUUUUACAGGGAAUUGGGGGCUGGCCGAGGGGUCUUUUUAAGGGUAUUACAAAUUUACCGUCAGCUACAUUGCCGGUAAAUUUGUAAUACCAGCCCCAGCCUUGGCAGGUGUUUUACCGGCUAGGCCGUCAACCCUAACCAUGUGUGCAAUUUUAAUCACAUAAUACCCUCUGUUUUUAGGGGAUUGUAUUUCACAGAAUAAAUAUAGCUCAAGGUGGCACGCAACAAAAUUUAGGUGUGAAUUAGCACUUAAAAAAGUGUAUGCGAACAUUCCAUUCAUAAGUACUACACUAUAUUAUUUUUCUUUUUUCCCCCCUCAAUGGCUUAUUGCCUUUGAGAUAUACAGCAAUCUCUCUUUAAAAAGCGUUAUCUUGGUAGUCAGCUGCUUGGGGUCUAGCAUAGACCUGCCUUUUGUUACAACCUCCUCCCCUUAAUUGCGACACUCCGUAUGUUACGUCAUACAGAUUUCUUCCCCUAAACGUUUAUAGAAUGCGCGUAUCCUGUAACAUGGGCAGGAAGCGAGUGUCCCGUUAGGGCGGCACUGGUGGUGCAAAUAAGACGCACAUCGUUGAUAGAGCUAGUUUUUUUUCCCUGGGACUCAACAUGUUGCUAUGCUUUUAAACUUACCAAAGAACAGCUUCUCUGGAAAGAACCCUUAUGUGAGUGCCAGAGUAAGUUCGCAACUCGUGCGCUCUGAAGUGGUUAAAUAGUGAUGAAACGCUACAAGCUGUCACGGUUUAUCGCUUACACACGUUAUUUGCAAUGUGCGAAUUGACGGUUCAGCACAAUGAAACAACCGCUAUUGCCAGUAUCCGCUGUUACGUCCGCCCUGCCCGGUGCGUCUCUACAGAAAGCCUGUAAGUUCCUGGUGGUCUUCUGCUCCCUUCACCUCAGCGUUACUAUGCUCUACUACUUGUCCGGCGCCGAUUCCAGCAUCUUCCAGUACUUUUCGAUAAACCAACAGCAGCAGACACCAACCGCAAUUUACUCUACUUACAGUACCCCGCUAACAACUACUAUCGCCAAAGAACUUCCCGACUGCCCGGAGAGCUCUCCUCUGCUACGUGGUCCUGUUACUGUUAAUUUCAAUGUACAAGUCAAUAUAACAGAAGACAUUAAAGCAAAUCCACAUGUAACAGAGGGUGGUCACUACAAACCAAGUGACUGCAAAGCAUUGCAGAAAGUAGCUAUCAUUAUACCAUUCAGAAACCGGGAUUCACAUUUGAAAUACUGGCUUCAUUAUAUGCAUCCCAUAUUACAGAAACAGCAGCUGGAUUAUGGAGUGUACAUUAUCAAUCAGGAUGGAGACAACACAUUUAACCGGGCCAAGCUAAUGAACAUUGGUUAUGCAGAAUCUCUGAAAGAGUAUGAUUAUGACUGCUUUGUGUUUAGUGAUGUUGAUAUUGUCAUUACGAAUGACAGAAAUCUCUACAGGUGUUAUAACCAGCCGAGGCACAUAUCUGCGGCUAUGGAUAAGUUUGGGUUUGGUCUGCCAUACGCCCAGUAUUUUGGAGGUGUAUCUGCUCUAAGCAAAGAACAUUUCAGAAAAAUCAAUGGAUUUCCAAAUAAAUACUGGGGAUGGGGCGGAGAAGAUGAUGAUAUAUACAACAGGAUUGUAGCCAAAGGCAUGUCAAUCUCUCGGCCAGAUACUGUAACUGGUAAAUGCCAGAUGAUCAAACAUAAUAGAGAUGAAAAAAAUGAUGCCAAUCCAAAAAGGUUUGACUUGAUUUCAAAAACAAGAGAAAGCAUGGAAAAAGAUGGGAUUAAUUCACUCUCCUAUAAAGUAGUGAAGACAGAAAAGUUUCCAUUAUAUGUAAAAAUCACAGUGGAUGUUGGUAUUCCAUCACGCUAAUGUUUUUGGACUUAAAAAUGCAUUGACUGUUCAAAAUGGCUUUAACAUAUUUAAAUGUGGCUUUCAGCAGCCAGAUUUUAAUACAGAAUAUUUUUUUUAUAUCUCUACAAUAUAGCCAAAAGAUGUGGAGUCAACUAUAUAUAAGUAUUUAUAAUUUUAAUAUCUAAUUGUAUUUGACCAAAUUAGUGACACAUAUCAGGAAAAGACCGUAAACUCAUUGUGUACAAUGCUGCUAUUUAUUUAUAAAUGUUUACACAGUUAUGAGAAAAGGUAAAAAAAUAAAUAAACCAAAGCCCAUAACAAAAAUUCACAUUUCAUAAUGUAAAAUUGUUCAGUGGACAGUAAUUACAUUGUGAAUGUUAAUUGGGCACUGCUUGAAAUUGGCCUAUUUUUUUGGGUGCAAAAAAAUAACUUUUGUUGUAAAACUGCACCCUGCUUUAUACACUGCAGACUGAUACAAAUGAUAACAUGCGUAACCAUUUACAAUUAUACCUUUAUUUUUUGGCUAAAGUAUAUUCUGGGCCGUUCCUGCUAUGAG